AUGAUUUGUGUGAGACAUCACACUUUUUUAAACUAAAAAUAUGGAAUCUUUUAUGUAGACAAUCUCUUAAUGAUUGGAAAAGUAUCAACCCAUUUAAAUCUUAGUCACAAAGGAAUCCAAAAUAUCGUAUCCCCUGUAAUAUUGAAAAGGUUAUUUUUUGGUGUAUCAGCGACAAUCAAUAAUUACAAGGGUUCGAGAUAGCUGUUAAUGGAAAGAAGAAAUGGUUUGACAUGUCUCACCAUCAAACGAAGUCACUGAUGCAAUUAUUGAACGGAAAGUUUCUAUACAAAAAUAUACAUGCCUUCUAUCAAUUUUAAGACAUUAUAGGGGUGGGGAGCUUUAGUAAAGUAAAAUUGUAAAAUGUAAAUUAGGUAAUCAAACUAUUCAACGUCAUAGAGAAGGAGUUCUAUGCUUGCAAAGUGCUUAAGAUGGCAUAAUUCGAUGUAUCCAAUUUUUUAUAUAAAUUCAUAGGAUUUUAAAAACGAACUUUCUAUACUUCAAUCUUUGGAUCAUCCCAAUAUCGUCAAAGUGAAAGAAGUGUACCUUGAAGACAAACAGAUCUGGUUUAUCACAGAUCUAGUGGAAGGAGGAACUCUGAAAGAAUAUUUGGACAAUUUAACUGAAAUAACCCAAUUCGAAGUUUAUAUAAUUAUGAAAGUACUUGAUUUGAUUAAUUAAUUUUAGUAAAUCUUAGAUGCUGUUUAAUAUUUGCAUUCCAAAGGGUACGUCCAUAGGGACAUCAAACCAGAGAAUAUCUUAUUGAGUCAAAAUCGUGAUCCCUCCAAAUUGUACAUGAUAGAUUUCGGAUUGGCAACAAAGAAGGAGGAGAUUACCAUUCGAUAUCCACAUUGUGGUACUCCAGGCUAUAUUGCACCUGAAGUCAUUAACUUCGAUCCCGAUAACCCAUAUGACUAAUUGAGUGACGUGUUUAGUUGUGGAGUCCUCUUACACAAAAUGUAUUCAAUCUCAUUAAUAUUUAGACUAUAUGGAACUGAUCUAUUUAGUGGUUCCUAUUAUAGUGAAGUCUACUAUUAGAAUUAAUCAUUUUGUUUGGAAUCAAAGUAAUUUGACAAUAAUGAAUUUGAUCCACUCCUCAAAGGCAUGUUGAGAGAGAAUCCAAGCACUCGAUUGUCUGCUACUCAAGCUUUGGAAAUGUUGGAAUAGCUUUUCGUUAUCAAGAAGGAUGAUUUCAUAGUGGAUGUUUCUGAUUCAUCAAUCCAAUAGGUCAAGACACUGUCCAUUUAAACAAUGAAAAAACUUGAGAGUUUAGACCAAUAUUGAUUUCAAUAUAUCUAUAUUCUCAUUAACAAUAUAAAUCAGAGAACAAAAGCACUAAGUCCAUUUUUGCUUGAUAAAGAAAAGUGCUUUGGAAUAACAAAAUACAAUGAAGGUUUAGAGUGUAUCUCAUCUAGGAAGAUCACUCCAUUAAGAUGCAAGCCCAUUC